AUCCCUGAGAACGCCAAUGAACAUUGCCCAGGUCCUCAAUCGGAGUCGGCCGGAAAAUCCGAUGCCUGCCAAGGUUGCCCUAACCAAGAAGCUUGUGCAACUGCCCCCAAGGGCCCCGACCCUGACUUGGUUGCAAUUGCAGAACGAAUGGCAACUGUUAAGCAUAAGAUACUGGUUUUAUCUGGGAAAGGAGGAGUCGGCAAGAGCACUUUCUCUGCCCAACUCUCGUUUGCACUGGCAGCUAUGGAUUUCCAGGUGGGUCUUCUAGACAUUGAUAUUUGUGGACCAAGCAUCCCAAAGAUGCUUGGUCUUGAAGGUCAAGAAAUUCACCAGAGCAACCUUGGCUGGUCUCCUGUUUAUGUUGAGUCCAACCUUGGAGUCAUGUCAAUUGGGUUUAUGCUCCCCAACCCUGAUGAAGCUGUCAUAUGGAGGGGUCCUCGCAAGAAUGGGCUAAUCAAGCAAUUUCUGAAGGAUGUAUACUGGGGGGACCUCGAUUUUCUGGUGGUCGAUGCCCCUCCCGGGACCUCAGAUGAGCACAUCUCAAUCGUCCAGUUCCUUCAGGCUACUGGCAUAGAUGGAGCAAUCAUAGUCACCACUCCACAACAGGUCUCUUUGAUUGAUGUCCGAAAAGAAGUGAGUUUCUGCAAGAAAGUUGGAGUUAAGGUUCUUGGAGUUGUUGAGAACAUGAGUGGCCUGUGCCAGCCAUUGACGGAUUUCAGGUUCACUAGGAUGACAGAGACUGGUGAACAUGCAGAUGUCACGGAAAAGGUCAUAGAGUACAUGAAGGAGAAAGCACCAGAAUUGCUAGAUCUAAUUGCUACGAGUGAGGUAUUUGACAGCAGUGGUGGUGGUGCAGCAAAAAUGUGCAACGAGAUGGAGGUACCCUUCCUGGGAAAGGUACCAUUGGAUCCACAGCUAUGCAAGGCAGCUGAACAAGGUAAAUCUUGCUUUGCAGAACAGAAAUGCAGUGUGAGCGCCCCAGCACUGAAGAAUAUCAUUGAGAGACUGGUGGCAAAUAAUUGGCAGGAAGAAAUGUCUGUAGAAGAGUAGUUAAGGGUGCUGCUUCUAUAUUCAGUAAUGCCUGUAGUGGCAAAUUUCUUAUCCCUUUAAUAAUUAAAAAAGAAUAUAUGUAAAUUUCUUUUAAAGUUAAAAAAAAAAAAAAAACAUUUAUCAUUGCUUUCUUUAGUAAUGAUUAUUUUCUGUUAAGUGAGUCUGAGAGCAGUCAGUUGUUCCAUUAGAAUAUCCAACUGUUCUUUUGAAUUUUUGAAUCAUCAUCGAAUUUGUGUACAAACUUUCAUGCUGAUCAAUGAAUUAUUCUUAUUCAA